AUCAAAUCAAAUCAUCAUGAAAUUCAUUUCCCACAGCCGUCGAAGCAAUCGGGAAGUUUGUCGCCGGAGUUCCACCGCAGGCAGUUUAGGUGAAGCAUCUUAAAGCUGUUGCUGCAGUAACAAAGCCAUGUCGUUCACGAAAGGCGACUUGCUUACAAAAACAAGAAAGCUAGUAAACGGUUUGGCCAAGGCGAAACCUGUUUGGCUUAAAGCUAUGGAGAAGGCCCCACCUGCAGUCUUUCCUCGAGCUGAAAAGAAAGUUGAGCGGAUUUGCCUCCCGGAGGAUGUUUAUAUCAAUAAGUUCUAUAAGAAGCAUCCUGAAUCGUUGCAUGAAGAUCCUAUCAAAAUUUGUGAUUUUGACCCGACCCCAUCACGUAUAUUUGGUUCCCGGGUGCUUGAAUUAAAGGAGCAAGGUGUCAGUGAAGAGGAAGCUAUAGAUGUAGCAGAUAUGGAGUAUCGGCUACAGAAAAAAACUAAAAAGAAGGCGUACAAACGACUGAAAGAAAUUGCACGAAUAAGAGGAACAAAACCCCCUCCAAACCCGUAUCCAAGUGCUAUAAAGGAAAUACAAGCUGAAGAGAAGAAAUACGUUCAUGAUCGUUUCUUCAAUCCAAGAAUCUUGGAAAUCGUCGAGAAGCUCAAGGAGCAGCAGGAUGCUGAGAUGCACGAUAGAGGCAGAUCCAUUGGCAUGUAAUAUCCGUUACUUCGUACUUACAUGCUUCAAAACAUGACUUUAGUUGUUCUAUGCAUUAAGGUUGUUACCACAUUAACGUUUUACGCGUUAUUGUUAGCUCUAAUAAACAAGAUUUGUUCUGAGGAUCUAGUCCUAGAAUCUAUGGUUUUUUUUGGCAUCUUGGCAUGUUAUGUAGAACAUUUAUUUUGGUAAAGAAGUUUAAAGGGUUGUAAUUCCUUUUUCUUUAA